AUGCACCGCCCCCUCACCCCAAACCCCAAACCCCAACCCGCGCGGAAGCGCCUCAUCAUCUGCUGCGACGGCACCUGGCAAUCCGCCGUCGACGGCCAAGAGAGCAUCCCGUCAAACGUGACCCGGCUCUGUCGCGCCAUCGACAGCGUGGGGAUCGACCCCGUGGACCACCAGCCCUGGCAGCAGAUCGUCUGGUACGACUCCGGGGUUGGCACCAACACCACGGCGGCGGGUCCGCUCCGCAACUUCGUCGAGGGCGCCCUGGGAAAAGGGCUGGAGGGCAACAUCGUCGAGGCCUACCAUUUCUGCGCCCUGAACUGGAACCCGGGCGACCAGAUCCUGUGCUUUGGGUUCUCGCGCGGGGCUUACACGGCGCGCGCCAUCGCCGGCUUGAUUUCGGAUAUCGGCAUCUGCCCGCCGCAUCAAAUCGCCAAUUUCCCGGCGCUGUGGAAGGUGUAUAAGAAGACGCCGGCGGGGGAGCGGUUCUAUGGCAAAUGGGCAUCGACACCGGAAUCACGGCAGGUGCAAGUAGUUGGGGUCUUCGAUACCGUCGGCAAUUUGGGCUUCCCCGAGCUGUUCGGCCAUGAGCUCCCCGCGUGGCUGACCUGGACUGAUAAGCCUGAAUGGCAUAAUGUCGGUCUUUCGCCUAAUAUCAAGAACGCAUUCCAAGCGCUGGCGCUGGACGAGCAUCGACGACUGUUCCGCCCAGCCAUGUUCUUCGUCCCGACGCCGAAAACUAUCACGGAGAGCCGAUCGCGAGAAAUCAAGCGCCAGGCACGGGACGCCACCCGUCAGUGGCUAAAACUCGUAAGAAGCGGCACCGCCAGCAUCGAGGAGCUACACGCAGCCCAGAAACGACGCAACGCGACUGCACGCGAGCUAUUGAAGUGUGAGGACAGCCAGAAGGAGCCGUCCCAGCUGACGCAGGUCUGGUUCCCCGGGUUCCACAUCCACAUCGGGGGCGGAUCCAGCCAGACCCUCAAGAACAAGGGCAACAUGGAAGAGAUGUCCCACAUCGUCUUCGCGUGGAUGCUGGACCAGAUCCAGGGGUACGUCUCCCUCGACCGCGAGCUCCUCCAGCUCGAGGAAAAGACCCGGGAGGAUCGUCUGCGGCGGAUCAACGAGGCGCUGGAGGCGUACCAGAAGAAAGAGCGUCGCUGGAAGUCCGAAUCUUGGGCCCAGUGGCUGUGGCGCACGGGGCGGGGUCUGGUUGCCGCCGUGCAACACCCACUCACCCCGUCGGGCGAUGCUCCCCCGGCCUAUCGCCAGAUCCGUCAGUAUGGCUGGGCCACCGCCGACUUACCUGACAGUUUCGACUUCACCUACCGCCUCAACGGGUCGCUGGCGCGCAGGCCGCGUCGCUAUGUUCGGAAUGCGCGCACGAAUGAGAUCCUCGGACAUACUUGCGAGUACAUUCAUCCAACGGUGGGGUUUCGGCUGAAGCACGUGCCGGGGUAUCGUCCGGCUGGCCUGCAUGAGGGCCAGUAUGCUCGUCUGCUGAGGGCUGACGGCCAGGGCUACGAGUAUCGCUUUAGAUACCCGGGUGAGAAGGAUGAGGAGGUCUUGCCCGAGUGGGAGAUGGCAAGAGAUGAGCUCUCCUGGGAGCGGUGGGUUGUGAAGGGAAAGGAGGCGUUGGCGUAUGUGGACAGCCUACUCUACUGA